UACCGUAACCUUUUAUUGGGGGAGUGACAGCUUUAAAAUAGUCCCAACGUAAGUGAAGCUUGUCGGGAGAUAUCAUUCACUUGUUUUGGAGGUUUGUCACUCGAUCUUAUUUCUACACACACUAAAUGUUAACAUGCUGUGCUGUAAUAUCGAUCCCAGCAAUUGAUUUUUGGAAAUUGACUUUCAUUUACAAUUAACGUUUAAUGUGAGAAUAUUUAUAUGAAAUGGGGGAUAAAACAGUACUAGAUAUGAUUUUUCUGUAUAUAUUUACCGAAAGAUAUUAUUUAGUUAGUGCCGACUUAGUUUAUGUAGCUUCAAGUGAGUGGGAGUAUGUUUGGAAGUACGUUAAACCAUUAAAACAAGAACUUUAUGUUGAUGACAGUAAAAUUACAAAAUUUCUCGAAGCUGCUGGAGAUUCGAUACAAUCCAAAAGUUGGUACUAUACAAAGCGACUGGGGAUAGAGGCAGAAUCGCAAUACAACAAACUGCGGAAACUGGUACCAGCAACUGUUAUAAAGCCCUUCUUGUUCAAGAACAAUCAAGAAAAAAAAGCAGACUCGAACAUUCCCAAGAUAAAUUUUCACCAGCCGCAGCAGAUAGGCGUGGUGUUGUUGGCGCAACAGGAACGCAAAGACGCUGGUCAAGACAAGCCAAAUGACGUCAGAGACAAAUCUAAACAUACUAGAACAUCAGCAGACAAUAUGUCUACCUAUACUGACCGUAGUACAUUAUUAAACGAUAAAGUAUCAACACUGCGUGAAUUUUGCAGUUCAAAAGAAAUUGUUGAGGAGUUAGCUAGUGUUUAUAAAACAGACUGGAGAGCUGCUUUUGAGCAUUGUCGUCUUGCUAACGAUAAAGGAGACACACUUCGUUUUCUGCGGGACAUUCUAAAAGUAUCAUAUGAAAGAGUAUGUAAGCCAAUCGCAGACUCACAACUGGUUCUUAUGCAACGAGAAGCUCUGAAGAUUGUAAGUGGAUCAAAUCAUGUGAAUUCUGAAUUUCCUGAUAAAAGAGUACUAGAAGAUUAUAGGAGACAGUAUGCCAGUCUCUCUCUGAAAUACUUAAAACAGAACUUUUUUGAAAAGCAUAUGAGAGUGCUGUUAAAAAAGCAUGACAUAAUUUAUAAGAAUUUGCCCGUCGACGAAGAAAAUGUUGACAUAUAUGCUGCUAAGUGCGUUGAGAUAUCUUGGUUCAUGUGUGUACAAGACCCACCAAUGGUUUUUCAAUUUGACAUCAGCAACGAAGAAGAGUUGAGAUACGUAUUCCGGCAAUUUCAAGAGCAUGGGCAUCAAUUUGACUACAUAGUUUGGCCCGCUGUUCGGCUUUUUGAAAAUGGCAAACUCUUGGAGAAAGGCUAUGCCAAAUUUCAUUAAAAAAGGAGUGUCUUGUGUAAGAACAGAAUGAAUGUAAACAUCUCAUGUGAACAGAUUAAGUGAUGAAAACCAGAUUGGUAAAUGUUUAUUCAUUGCUCAACCUUUGACCUCCGUGAAUAUCAUUUUCUGCUUUCCUUAUUUCGGCAAUAUGUAUUCCUUUUAGCACUUUCUUCACUUAUCGUGGGCGUUUCAGCUUUAAUGCAUUUCAAACAGACGCUCUGCAUUCAAACUGUUAUUCAAAACACGCAUACAAUUAUAUAUUACCCAUAAUGGGUUCUACUUAUUGUUAACUUGCACAUGUUUAAAAGUUAACAUUCACAUUUUGACAGAAAACUAAAACUGAGAGUUUGAAAAAUAAAAGAAACAACAUAAAAUGAAAACUGAAAGAACAGUGGCGCGUUUCCCUUAGACAUAGUUUCGAAAACUCGACAGUGAUGCUUCAUUCCCCGAGAUCCUCCUUUUGCACAGUAUGCUAAAACAUCGAUAGAAAAAGAAGAAGUAAAUGUUGACGUAUGCGCUUCUAACAUCGCGGAGGGAUAUUGAUUAAUGUAUGUACAAGAUCGACCAAUCGUUAUCAGUUCGACGUCAGCAACGAAGAAGAGUUGAAACACGUAUUCUGGCAAUUCAAGUGCUUGGACAUUAAUCUGACUACACAGUUUAGACCGCUGUCCGACACUUAUUCUUCUUUUCACGAGAUUUUCCUUUCUACAGUAUACUUAAAACAUCGAUAAGAAAAUAAAAAGUAAAUGUAAUAGAUUGGUUAGUAAGAAAAAGAACUAAAAUUAGUUGUCCUGAUUUAGGUAAUUUUGAAUGUAUGAAAAUAUUCUAAAAAUAUAUAGCCAGUGCUUUCAUUUGUUUUAGUCUAAAUAAAAUUGUGCAUUAUA